UGUCAGUUCCAAAGGGUUCACGAGAGGUCACAGAGUCACAGCUCACCACAGGGCCACAGCACAGUUUCUUCCAAGAAUUUGCAAUAAAUGUUGUUGCUCUUGUUUUGGUCAUGAUGCCUCCAUGGACCUCAAUUUGAUAUCAUAACAAAACAGCUGUUUUUCCCUUUCCUUCAUGAAAUGUGAUAACCACCCUGGACCGGUCCAGUAAUUAUUACCAAAACCAACUAUGUUUGCGAGGGUGAUAUCUCAGUCAUUAGUCAGGCCGUUGAUCAAACCGAAUAAUGCCAAGACUCUUGUUUUUGACAGUCGUGGAUUGCUGUCAGCGGUUGAAGCCUGUCAGCCGAGUGAUAGCAGUGUCAUAACCAGGCAUUUUUUUGUGACGCAAAAGCAAAAACUGACUUGUCAAGUUCAAUACCCAAAACUGAUUGUGCAUUUGAGACAUUUUCACUGCUCUUCACAAGUGAACCAGCUUAGGCUUGGUAAAAAAAAUGUUGUUUUCCAGAAGAUUAAAAGUAAUAAAAAUUCUUUCAAGGGUGUGCAGCAUUUGGGAUGGUUUGGUGCUGUAGGAGCUGUGGUAUCUUUUGGAGCUUACUGGUUCUUGGACUCUUUGCAAUUACAUCCCACCGGUGCUUUCAGUUCUGUGGUUCAUGCUGACAGUCGAAACAAAAACAAUUUUAUUGCUGAUGUUGUGGAAAAGGCUGCUCCAGCUGUUGUGUUCUUAGAAAUCAAAGGAAGGCAUCCUCUCACAGGGAAACUUGUGACUCUCUCCAAUGGCUCUGGCUUCGUAGUGAGGAGCAAUGGUAUCAUAUUAACAAAUGCUCAUGUUGUAGCAAACAAGUCUUCAGUGAGUGUCAAGCUACAAGAUGGAAGAGUUUUUGAAGGCCAAGUGACAGCUGUAGAUCCCAUCUCUGAUCUUGCGACCGUCAAGAUUCCUGCGAGCCAUCUCGCCACAAUUCCUCUGGGGAUCUCCUCACAAAUCAGACCAGGAGAAUGGGUGAUAGCCAUGGGGAGCCCAUUAUCUCUGAGCAACACAGUGACCUGUGGCAUAGUCAGCAGUGUUCAGCGAGCCAGUAAGGAGCUGGGCCUUCGAAAUAAAGAUAUGGAUUACAUCCAGACCGACGCUGUCAUCAAUUUUGGAAACUCAGGAGGACCACUGGUGGAUCUGGAGGGACGUGCAAUAGGCAUUAAUACAAUGAAAGUGACCACAGGCAUUUCGUUUGCCAUACCAUCUGAUUAUGCCCAGAAAUUCUUGUCAAAAGCUGAAGCUUUGAUGAAAAGAGGCCAGACAGAAAACGGUUUCCUGAAACGGCGCUUCAUAGGUAUCACCAUGCUCACUUUGACAGAGAGUGUGAUGAGGGAUCUGAAGAACAAUGUCCGAGUGCCAAGCUUCCCGGAUGUUGAUGGUGGUGUCUUCGUGUACAAAGUCAUCCCGGGAUCCCCUGCUCAUAUUGGUGGUGUCUUAGCCGGAGACAUCAUCAUCGAGAUCAGUGGGAGCCGAGUCAAGUCUGCUGCAGAUGUUUAUGACGCAGUUGAGAAGUCAGAGAUUUUGCAAGUUGUGGUCAUCAGAGGUCAGACCAAGAAAGUGAUCCCAAUUAACACCCAAGAAACUAUUUAAGCCGUAAUGGUUCAUUGGUGGACAGGCUACAAGCUCAGAAGUAUGUUCUUAUGCAAAGACUCACAGGUAUUUGAAACACCAUUGCCAUGACUGAUGAAAUUAAAUUAUUUUGCAAAAUUA